AGAAGUCUUGUUGACUUUUUCAUGACUUCGAAGGCGAAAGCUUGACAGACACCAUUUUGAUUUUCAAUCGUUUUACUUUCGGGUGGAUGAAAAGAUGGAACUGCGGGUUGGAAACAAGUACCGCCUUGGUAGAAAGAUUGGAAGUGGGUCAUUCGGAGACAUUUACUUGGGUAAAUUAAUCAUAAUCCUUGAGAAGCAAAACACUAAUAAGCUUAGAAAUUUACAAGCUCGUACGUUUGUUAAGUUUUAUCUCGCAUACUGUAAAUCGCGUUUUAAUUUGCUCAUACGCGUACGCUUAUUAUGAUUUUUUUUACCAUUUUAAAAUUUCACGCAGUUGUGGUCUUUAGCCUGAAAUGCGUUUAUGUUUCUUUUAGGAACGAAUAUCUCAACAAACGAGGAGGUCGCUAUCAAAUUAGAAUGUGUGAAGACGAAACAUCCGCAGUUACAUAUUGAAGCAAAGUUUUACAAGAUGAUGCAGGGCGGUGGUAAGACAUUUCCGAUAUUUAAGACAUGAGGUCGUUUUAGACGAACUGUUCCUUCUUAACGUUAUGUCUAAAAUUAAUAUUUUGGUCAAAGCUAUUUGUUUGUAGCACAUCUUUGGCGUUUUAAAAGUGUAUGUUUCAAACAGUAAGUUAAUUUUAUGCAAGUUGCAAAAUAAAAUGGUUAUGGGGGUCGAGAAAUGCUCACUGAUUUCUUGCGUAAUUGUGAGUGAAGUAGGCAAUUUUUAUUACGUCUCAAAAUCCAUUCUAGCAUAAGAUUUUUAAACUUGUAGUUUCGUUCAAGUGUUAUUCGUCUUAUUGCAUAAUUCUUUGUGAUCUAGACAUCCACACAUUACUGGGGCAUUUGACGAACCCAUACAAUAAAUAUUUAUGGCGGAAUUCAAACUUUUCUCAAAAAUUGAUGUCAUUGGUCUCUGAAACUGUGCCUAAGAUUGUUGUUCUAAGGCUAAUUCAUUUGUUGAUCUUUGUGUUGGUGAUGUGAUGUAAAAACAAUUUUUAUUUACAGCUAUAUGUGUUCCAUUUGGGAGCUUUCUGUUUUAAGUAUGCCACUGUUUGGUUGUACCAUGUUGCUGUAAAUUUUGUGGUUAAAAGGGCCUCUGUCACAGUAUUGCACCUGUCUGAGCUGAGAGAGUAGCUCAUUGUUUUUAAAGUAACAGUAUCCUGUUACUUUACAUGUACCAAAUGUUGAUUUUCUGACAGGGAUGUUGGGAAUUCAAAAGACAUGAGGAGAGUAAGAGAAUGUUGAAAAAUCUGUUUGCAUCGCGCUUGGCCGAGUUCGAUACUACCCUUAGGCUAAAACUUCUCAGAAUUGCAGGGCAAUGAUAUAUUCCCAUUAAGCUUCAAUUUGGGUGAAAUCCGUAGCUUUUGGCGUUUCUUUCAUUGCCUUUGGCCGGAGGACUGAGAGAAGGGAGGUGCUUUAUGCCUAUUGAAGGCUUAUUUUUCCAACCAGCUUCCAUACAAGCUCAGAUAAUCGUGAAAGGAAUAAGCAGAAAUGGAACAGCAACAAUAAAGACUAUGUAAGAAGAAAUCAUUGAGACAUGGAUGUGACUGAGGAGAUCUUGUGCCAGAAGCUUCUUGGAGCAGCAUGUGUUGCAACGACGCGUUAGUGAACUUUUACUUAAACGUCCUUAUGGCCGACAAAAUCAAACAAGCGGGCACUCAAUGUUUGGGGAAACGAGUGCAAUGAAAUCAGAAUGUAAUGUUCGACUAACCUUUGCAAUGCUUCAUUGCGUUGAGAUUGCAUUUUUUUCACAUCUUUUUUAAUCUGUGAGGCCAGAAUGGUAGCAAAUGUUGCUGAACUUAAACUUGCUACAAAUUGACCUCCAACAUGAGUUUCCCAGCAGAAAAGCUGUAAAUUGAGCAGAACGAGCUUUGUAGGACACAAGCUCAAGGCAGCCGAGCAAGCGAGAAAAUCCUGAGAAGUCUUCGUGCCACGAGCCAAAUUUUAAAUAAGAUGAAAGACUUCUUCAAAAGGAUAAAAUAUUAUUUGAUAGUGUAAACAACAAAUCUCUGUCGGCAGUGCGAUCCAGAAAUCUUGUCGCAUGUUUUUUUUUUACUCUCCUCCCCCCCAAUCCAGUUUGUCUGGUAUCAACGUGAGAUCCGACUUGGCAUUUUUAUUACUACAUGUACUUAGUUUUGUACUGCACGGCGUGUACAGCACUCCUCAGAUAAAAUUGCCAACAAGAAGUUUCAAGUAUUUGUUGUGGUUCAAUUUUAUCCUUGAUUUAAUUAUUAUUUUCCUUUGUUUUGAGGUAUAGUAAUGCACGGCAUCUACAAUGUAUCUUUUAAUUAUUAAGUUAUUAUUGUGCCCUCUAGAAACUUUAUGUGCCAAUUUUGAUGUGACAACAUUUUGUUAUAACCUCCUAGGAUGCAAAUGUUUUAAUCUUAACUCUUUCACUACCAAACCAGUUACUGAACUUAAGCUACCUUUGUUUUGAUGGCUUUUCACCCCCCAAAAAAGGGUUUUCAAAUUAGCCACGAAAGAGGCAGCAGUGUUUUCGCAACAAUGGUUUGAUCCGAUAAUUUCUGAUUGUUUGAUUGUACUGUAAUUGGUCUUGUUGUUUUUAACAGUUGGUAUUCCCAUCAUAAAGUGGUGUGGCACAGAGGGUGAUUACAAUGUUUUGGUCAUGGAACUCCUUGGACCCAGUCUAGAAGAUUUGUUUAACUUUUGCAACAGGAAGUUUAGUAUAAAAACAGUUCUUCUUUUAGCUGAUCAAAUGGUGAGUGGCAAAGGGUUGCAUACAGCUCUACAUGUGCAUAAACAUCAUUGCAGCAGUGCAGUUCUUUGCAUACAAGUAUCACACAAGUACUUUCCAUUUUAACUGGGAAAGCUACAGUAUGGGCUGAAGGGUUUAAAUAGGAAAAGAGUUGUAAAAGCUGUUUAAAAAUAAUGGCAGAGGCCCUGAAUUUUCUUCAAGUAGAUGCAAAGAUAAACACAUGGAUGUCCGGACCUUCUGUCUCCUUAUAAAAAUGUUGACCCAGUUUGCUUGGAACUGUGAUUUUUUACAGGAAUCAUCUUUGUGUGUUUUGCAUUGUUGUGCACCUUUGUCAAUAUAAAAUCAGUUUUGCCAAUUACAUACAUGUACAGUGGAACCCGGUUACAUGUACUCCAUUUGAACAUGAGGGGCAGGCCAUAGUUUCCAUUUUUAACCGAGUGUUGUCAUUAAGCAGGCCCUCAGAAAAAAAAAACGGACACAUGUUUUAUUGACAUGAGGACAACUGCAAUAAUCUUGGACUUAAAUUACAAUUUAUUACCUUUUAAGUAUUGUUCUUGGAAUGUGACAAUGGAAUCUGCAACUUUACUUUAAUUAGUACUGAGGUUGCAAAUUGGCGGAGUGUGGGGGCGUGUGUGCUGAGCGGUUAACACCUGGAACUCUGGAUCUGGUGGUCUGGGUUUUCAAGUCUUGCCCAUCGCAUUGUUUCCUUAAACAAGGAACUUUACUCCAGUAUGUCUUUCUUCACCCAGGUGUAUAAAUGGGUACCGGUGAUAUACUGCUGGGGCGUAACCCUGCAAUGGACUAGCAUCCCGUCCAAGGGGGAGGAACCAUACUCCUAGGUAUGCUUCAUGCUACCGAAACUGGUAUAAGCUCCGGCCGCUUGGGCCUUUGGCUCGUGUGCACCUUUACCAUUUUUUUUAGCAAAUCAGCUAGGUGGACUGAAUAUAACCUAAAACCGUUGAAAGGUUAUUCGCCGUUUCUGUAAAGCUUUCAUGUGUAAGAUCUUUAGUCAUAGCAGGGAUGUCACUAAGAUUUCUGGUUGCUGGGUAAGUACAACAAGUUGGUGGGUAAUCAAACAGGUAGGAAUUUCUUUGAGUUCCAUGUUUCUUCUAUUUUGCUAUGAAAGUAGCCAAGGGCCACUUUCAUAAUAGUGGAGGAAACCCCCGUUUCCUGGCUCUUAUUAGAGAGCUUUAGAUUUUAAGACGAGCAUGGCAACAAGUAUGAGAUUUUCUCAACACUAAGUAGUGCUCGCAUGGGAGCCAGCAUCAUUUUGGCAGGAAAAUGUGAUAGCUGUUGUCGUUCUACUAUGAGUUUUAGGGAGAAUAUCUUAGUGGCGGGAACAAGUUAUCAAAUGUGAGAAGUUUUAACAUUUUGCUAUCGGGAGAGGGCGGUUGUACUUAUUAAGCGGUUGUACAAUGUACAUGUAUUUUUUUGUACUUUUAUAUAUUUAUAUUUUCUUGUUUUGUUGUACAUUUUGUACUUAUUAAGCUUUUGGUUGGGACAAACAAAACUGUGUCAUUAUUAUAAUAUGGGUGUCUGUAGGGCAGGGUUCCACUGUACAUAGUAUGUGCACCAAUCUCAGUACCAGUACUUUGAAAUAGUGUCGAUUGUUGCAAUGUUUUUUGUCUUUACUUAGAUCAGCAGAAUAGAGUAUGUUCACUCUAAGAAUUUCAUCCAUCGUGAUAUCAAACCAGACAACUUUCUAAUGGGACUUGGAAAAAAGGGCAGUUUAGUGUACAUUAUUGAUUUUGGAUUGGCAAAGAAAUACAGAGACCCACGGACACACCAGCAUAUACCAUACAGAGAAAACAAGAACCUGACAGGGACAGCAAGAUAUGCCAGUAUUAACACUCACUUAGGAAUUGGUAUGUUGUGACUGCAUUUUCUACAUGUACAUCAGAUGAUUUUUACAUGCAUGUCUAAAUUUUUUUAAUUUGAAAUGUGCUGCAUUUAUACAAUUACCAUUUAGAGCUGGAGGAUACAUGAUUGUUACAGAGCCCCCAAUUAUUAGUACUGUCAGGAGCAUAGCCAGCUUCUCGACUUGUUGUAGCCUGGCUGGCUAAGGGUUGGAAAUUUAUUUCAACAUGUCCUCCAAAAUGUUUGUUUAUAACCCUGUUGAUUGCACACGUGACUAGUAAGCACUGACCUCAUCUAAACUUUGAGCUCUUAAGCUCUUGAGCUUGCCCCAACAAUACAUGAUUUAUUACAAGUGGACCCAGGUGGUAGGUUGAUAAAAACCAAAAAAUUGUAGGCCCUGCAGUCCUACCAGUCUAAGGCUAGAUACACCCCUGAUUAGGGUAGUUUCUUGGCAUUGGGGACAGGUGCAGUCACUAGACUGAAAGAAAACUGAACAAUACCCACACCACAGCACAAAAGUGAACAAACAUUGGGUUCCACAACACCAAGAAACAUCCACACAUUAUCAUGCGUGACAGGUGCAAAAAGGGUAGGGAGGGGGAAGGGGAGGGGAGAACAAAUUUGCACCAAUUAUAAAUUAUGUGUAUUGAGGUUAAAUUAAAGUCAAACGAGGAAAACCAUGAACACCAGAAAUAUUUCUUGAAUGUUUUGCAAGAAAAAAGCCAAUGGCACAUGAGAAACCAAACUGUAAGCAAGGAGGUUAAUUAAUUUGUGUUUUGUUUUGGCUAGUUUGUGUGUCCUGAUCUUUGCUGUGAUUGGUUGUAACACAACAAGCCCUAGGAUUGCAAAUGGCAUGGAUAGCAUUUUUCAUUUCCAUGCCCACAGAUCAUGGGAAACUAUCUGUAACAUUUUUUUGGUUCCAUGGGAACCCACUUUUAUUUCUUUUAAUGAACAGAAACAUGUUUUUAGACAUACUUUUAAAUUGAAGAACAUCAGUGUGUACUAUUAGUUACAAACAACUGCAAUGUCUAUUGACAUGUCAGAAGAAGGUUUUUUAAAUGUUAAAUUUGUGUGCGCUAAAGUGUCAAAAACCCCAGACUCCUCUUCAAUCCAACUAAAGAAGUGGACUCAGUUGAAAUGUUUGCUAUAGAUCUUGUCUUUUCGUAAAGAGAUUUGGGCCUCAUCAUCAGUUUCAACAGUGAAAUUGUCACUAAAAGACCACCUUCUAAAUGUUUUUAAUCUUUUGAAGUCUUUUUUAAAUGUUGUUAACUUUCAUGCAUGAGUCAUCAGUAACAUGCAAUGCACUUUGGGAAUGAUUCAAAAUAGUGGACGAUAGAAAAACGGUAACGUUUUUUAAAAUUUCGUAUACCGGUAUAAUUAUACGCAAGCAGAGUCAUAAAGAAUUGCUCUACUAGUUAAGAAGCCGGGUGGAAAAAUACUAUGUUUGUGUAUUUUGAUCCCUCAGUCUGAACAUACAUGUGUAUCAGGAUAUGUCACAGGAAAAUAUUUUUCGGUUCUACUAUUUUAAGAUCACGGUGGUGACACUGUACCAGAAAAGAUCAUUGCCGUGAAAUCCUAGGGCUUGACACAAUAAACAUCCCUGAGUGAAGUGUUCCCAAUUUUCCUGUUUUGACUAUAUUAUUGUAGUAAGAAAGGCCUUAAGUUUUUAAAAGUACAAAUCAAUGACAUAGUUUAAUCCUGCCUUGCUGUGUCUUUAGAGCAAAGCAGAAGAGAUGAUUUAGAAUCACUUGGGUAUGUUCUUAUGUAUUUUAACCUGGGAAGUUUGCCAUGGCAAGGACUUAAGGCGGCUACAAAGAAACAGAAAUAUGAAAGGAUCAGUGAAAAAAAGAUGUCAACACCUAUUGAGGUCCUCUGCAAGGGUUUUCCAUGUAUGUAAUGAUCACCUCAGUUUUAAUUUGUGUAAAAAUCGCUCGGCUUAUAGUCGAAUAAAUACGGUACUUGUACAAUGUAUGCUUUUGAAUUCCCUGUGCAGUAGAUUUUUGUUCUACAUCUGUACAGCUUUAUAAGGAAUCUUAUUGUUCAAAAGUGAACAUUUAAGCUGUUAAUAUCGUUAUUUUACUUCUUCCAUUUGGAUGUGAACCUGGUAUCACUCUAUACAAAAUACUUAUGCAGAUUUAAUAAUUAUUCCAGUCCUUGGGCUUACCAACAUGAAUUUGACAUUUUGUUUUCUUUUUCUCAUAAAUCAACAUUUACAUUGUAAUCUCUUGAAAUGACAAAUGAUUGUACAUGUAUCUUGAAACAAGUUUGUAUGUACAUGUAUGAUCUUAUGGUGACCAUUUUAUCACUGCCACACUCCUGGCUUUGGACCUCUACUUGGGCAUAUAGAUAAACAGCUGUUUAUUGCUGAAGUUCAGUUCGACUGUUUUUAUGGGUUUUAUUAGGUAAUGAAAUUUAUAUGCAGAAAGAAGGCACAGAUUAUAUUGUAAACCUUAGAACCACAGUUAUACCAUUCACAGUAUUUGUAUUAUACUCUACUGAGUGUUGUUUCUCUUCCUUUUCUGCAGCUGAGUUUUCCACGUACUUAAACAACUGCAGGUCACUACGGUUUGAUGAUAAGCCUGACUACUCUUACUUGCGACAACUUUUUCGCAACCUGUUUCAUUGUCAAGGAUACGUGUAUGAUUAUAUCUUCGACUGGAAUCUUCUCAAAUUUGUAAGUUUUCAUGCACCAUUUUAUUAUUCUGAUAAAAUGCUGUGAAAUUUCAAUGAUCUAAUAACCAAGGCACUGGCCUCUAGACAUGUUGGCCUGGGUACCACUUAUUUUGCUUAUGACAGACCACAUCCACCUGUGGCAGAGUUAGUAGUCACAAGUUUGAUUCCUUGGGCCUGAUCAAUACUUAGAACUGUCCACUGCUAGACCUUUGCUUGGCUAUGCUGACCACACAGAAAUGGCAGUCCCAUCCUCAGCUGGAGACAACAACAACACAAUCCUAUGCUUUUAGUUUGGCAGUAGUGUUGUUCUAUGUCUUGUAGAACUUGGCAUUGUCUCUCCUGCUGUUUUACAUGAGUGUGUGUUUUUUAAUUCAUUAAUUAAACCUAAAACAUCAGGCGUAUUUGAUAAUGUGGUGGGUAUGGGGUUUUAAAGUGGAGAUGUCAGAAAAACUAAGUAUAUUAAAUAUAGUUAAUUGUGAAAUUAAGGGAUUUGUCAGGAUAUUUUGAAAGAGAAAACACUUAUUAUUUUCAUGUAGUUUGAUAGCGAGGUAUUAGCUCUGUUAGGCUGUUUUGACUUCAUAAAGAUCCUAUAAAGUUUUGACCCAAGUUUAGUUUAGAAGGAUUAUGUUGAGUCUUGAAGGCGUAACAGAGCUAUGAAGUAUUUUUGGUUUUGCUCAUUCUAAAGAUCUGAAAAACAAAAAAUCUUGUAAUCAAAAACAAAAUCUUAUAAUUCCAAAAAUUCAACUAUUUGUGACAUUCCACGGUGGUCCUUUAUUCCAACUCAGGGAAGAGAACCGGAUCUGGGUGCUGAAAGAUGUGGAAUGAAGGGAGUAGAAAAAGUUUUGGAGAGAGAGCGUGAACCAAGAGAACCAGAAAGGAAUCAUCGAAGCUCUACAACUCGAGCCUUGGCUGGUGGGGCAUCUGGCCGACUAAGAGAACCCAUGACUGCUGCUACCCCUUCACCAGUUGGUAAGCAUGGUCGUCUGGCCCACACUUUCCUUUUCUUAAAGGUUAAACCGCGAAACUCAGAACUAUCAAGAAAUAUCGCUCUUCUUUAAUUUGAUAGCAGAUUUCUAAUCUCUCAGUUUAUUCUUUUAAAUUAACCAGGUGCACAAAGACCAAUCUCGCGCGCUGAGAGAGAACGGCGCAUUACACGUCUUCAUCGUGGAGCGCCAGCUGACGUCACAAGUGGUGAUCUCCCACGUGGUGACAUAUCCCGGAUGUCUGGGGCCCAUGUCCGCUCAACACCUGUAAUGACACCAACAUCUUCAGGAACAGGACUAAGAAGAGCCAGUGGAACAAGACAGGAGCGAGAUGCUGGAAUGAUGGAACUCAGUGCUGUUCGUCAUUCUUCCAAACAUUUAUCACGUGCUCAAAAAUAAUCGGCAAAGUGCAUGUGAAUUUCUAUCUUAUUCAGCAUGACUGUGGUCGCCAAAAGCUCGAGCUUUUUUUGUUAUUUUUCCUGUUGUUUACAGCGUUUGUCUCUCCAUUAGUGUUAUCCCGUGGAUGUCUAAUUUCAAGCUUUUUUUUUUUGUUGAACGGCAAUUAUUUGUAUUGUGUUUUGGUAAAGUAAAAUUCUUAAUUAAAUUCUUAUUUUUCAUUUAAAUGAUAUAAAAACUAGAAUUAGUGUUGGUGGCAGGAACAUCACACAUAGUAUCGUUUUCUACAAGCAUAGAAUUUGUUACAAAUAGUAUUUGCUUAUUUAAGUCCAAGUGUUUUUCAUUUGUAUUUUGGCGCGUCUUUCGUUAAGCUGGUAGUACAUGUACUAAAGUCAUUAAUGGUUAAAUUCAGGCUGUUUUUGGUGGUUUUAAGUGAAUCAAAACAGAAUAAUGACGAGACGCACCGUUCCGUCGUGUCAUGGGUUUACAAAGUUGACGUGGGAAAAAAAGCGCUUAAGGAAAACCACUCAUUGAAAAUAUGUGUUACCGCACUUUUUUAAGCAUAGGUAGGCGGGGAUUGAAAUUGGGCUUCAGCCUUUCUGAAGACUAAUUUUCAUUUAGCGGAUGGUCAAGGAAAUGGGUGUUGAAGACAAAAGCUACGCUUAAACUAAGAGCAGUCUGAUAUCGAACUCAAACAAAUGCAUGAUCUUAGUUAAUACUUAGUCUGCAGGAAUGAUUCGAGUUAACCCUUAGUGAGAACCUCCUAUUUACACUAGAAAACACUUGUAAAUAACUACUUAAGCAUAACGGAAACAGUUAAAUUAUCUACCUUUAAACUAAACUGAACAUUGUACAGAGUGAAACAAAACAAAGACCUGAUCAAACCUGAAGUCUUUUAUAUUUCGUGUCUGACCGCCUGAUCCCAGGUUGAAACGAAGUCUGCAUUAGAAUUGCUUUGAAUAAAAACAACCAG